AGCAAGAAAUCGACAGAGGAACAGCGCGCCCCCGAGAAAAGAGUCGUUUUAGUUACUGUAUGCUUUACCCAAAUGGAACACAAAUCUGAGUUAUUAUGAUGCACCUUUGCCCAUGACCAACCACGGCAUUCUGAAUAUUGAAUCAUAAGCCUACAAAGCAUUGGGAAUAUACACAUUUUUCUCGUUUUGUAAGAAGCGUUCUAUAGGGGUUCCGGUGACGGAUUGUUUUUUCUGUCAGGAAAUUGGUUGCAUUAAAAAUACAUUUUACUUUAUGUCGGUGAGCAUCAGGACCUGAAUUUAUGGAAUAUCUUUCGCUUAGGUCUUCUGAACAGUUGGUGCAUGGUUAUCACUUCUAUUCUACAAAGAAAGCACCGUUCUUUCCACUUUUGUUGAGUUCUUCCACUACAUAUCGGGCACCGCGGAGAUGGUAAAAGUUCAGUUAUGCGCACAUUAUAUUUUCUCGAUAAAACCAUUCGAUCAUAACUUGUUAUCGAUGCAAAUGUAUUAAUUGUGUGUGGUCAACUAUGUGUUGCAUCUGUCUCCUAUAAUCUUACAUAAUUAUUCCGAAAAUAAUAGCCUGCUUUCGUAGUUGAAUCUUCAUCUCCCAUUUCCACCAUGUUGUGUGUUGAAUUACUUUUUUUUCACCUGACUUCUUUGUUGUAAAAAGUUUGGUGCCUGUUUGCAGUUUAUGGAUUUAUAAUAAUUAUUCUGUAUAGAGAUGGAACAAUACAGUUAGGAGAGAAAAAGGGCAUAGAACAAAAAGGAAAAAGCUGCCAAUUUAGCAGGAAAAGAGGCCAUCAAAAUCACGGAAAUCGCUUCGUCCUUUUCCUUUGGUGUACUGUUACUGUUGCAAAUGGAUUUCAUAAAGGCAACACGGUUAUUGUUACAUCUUUUGUGUUAGUUCACCCGUUCCAUGCUGACAAAAUGUCACUGGGAAAUAUUGAUGAUUGAAUAGAGAAAAUUAUGAUGGCCUAUGUUCGUUUUUUUUAUUCUAGUGUGUAAGUUGGGCUUCUUGUUCCACAAUGAAAUGCCAUCGGACGUUUUUAUUUUUUGAUAAAUUUUGGAAAUAUGGGCAAGUUGUCGAAAGUUUUUGUGGUGACGGAAGGUUGACACUUUAUUUUUUGGUCACUUUCUGAGCGCAGUCUAAUGUAACGGAUUUUGGACUAUUAUUUCUGUUAAAUUCAUUUGGCAUUAGAUCAAUCAAAAUGUAUACGCAUGUACAGUGACGAUCUCGAUGUGACGACAUUGUGUUUUCUAGGCCUACUGCUCAUUAAAAUUUAUAUUUACUGGCUAGUGCGUAACAAACUUUCGUGGACCAGCGCGCGCACUAGUGCCCCCGCACCUGGGGGCAACCCCACCAUGGCGCCCUCAUCCCUCUGUAUCGCGGUGUGGUUGUGCGAGUGAAUCAACAACUAAGACUGGGGAUCAAAGAUGAGGAUGAUGCUCUGGAGAUAACGGUUCAAACUGACGCUGCAGCAUCUCUCCUGAGCACCCAGUUAGAAGUUGAACCAGAACCCCCGCAAGAGGGAACGGCUCUCAUCUUCCAGACAGAGGUUAAUCAUCAGCGCAACAACACAGGAUGUUGAUGGGUGGCACUGCAGAGUGAGGAGUCUGAAGAUCUGAAGAUCUCUGAAGGUGGUUGGUUUAGACAGUGCUCACACACACAUCGCCAAAAUGAAUGAGCGUCAGGCUCUCCACUCCAUAAUGAAGGACCUAGUGGCCCUCCAGAUGACGAGGCGCCAGCCUGGGCCCCCUUAUGACACGGGGAAACCCAAGACUCUGCCCAAGCCUGCCCCUGCCCCUGCUAAGAGACAGGACGAUGUCAGAAUAAAGUUUGAGUUCAGUGGAGAGAGGAGGAUACUGAUGUUCGGGAGGCCUGUGCAGUUUGAAGAAAUCCAACAGAAGGUCAAGACUGUCUUUGGCCAACAGCUAGACUUGCACUAUAUGAACAAUGAGCUGUCCAUCCCUCUGCGUGGUCAGGACGACCUGGACAAGGCCAUUGACCUGCUGGACCGCAGCUCCAAGAUUAAGAGCAUCAAGAUCUUGCUGCUGACGCAGGAGCAGUGCAAUGCGUCCCCCUCUCCCUCUCCCUCUUCCCACCACACUGUGAGUAAGCAGGUGAGGAUCAAAGCCUCCCAGUCCACGGGUGAUGUCAGCACGGUGUACCAGCCCUCCGAGCCCAGGGGGCGCCACCUCUCCACCAGCUCUCAGAACACAGGCCGUAGCUCCCCCCCUCCAGGCUAUGUCCCUGAGCGGCAGCAGAGGAUCGCCCGCCAGGGCUCCUACACCAGCAUCAACAGUGAGGGAGAGUUCAUCCCAGAGAGUGACCAGUGUGUGCUGGACCCCUGGAGCAGUGCAGAGAACUCUGUCUCAGGAAGCUGCCAGUCGCUGGACAGUAGCUCAGACAGCCCCUCCCUGAGGAAGUCACGCAUGCACCGAGCCAAGAGCUACCCUGAUAACCGGCAGCAGGAGAACGUCUCUGACCGGGAGAACCAUGUGUAUGAUAAGGUGGUGGGGAAGGGAGGGACAUACCCCCGCAGGUACCAUGUCUCCCUGCAUCACAAGGACCAUAGUGAAGGUCGGAGAACGUUCCCGCGUAUCCGUCGCCCCCAGGGUAACCUGUUCACCCUGGUGCCCUCACGGCGCUCCCUCAACGGCAGCGAGGAGAGUCUAGGCAGCUGGCAGCUAGUGGACAAGCAGGGCAGGCUCCGCCCACAGGAGCGCCCUGUCGCCCACAAGUCCCCCAGUGCUCCAAUGACGUGGAGGCGGGGCAAGCUGCUGGGCCAGGGGGCGUUUGGGAGGGUUUACCUGUGUUACGAUGUGGACACGGGACGGGAGCUGGCCGCCAAGCAGGUGGUGUUUGACCCGGACAGUCCUGACACCAGCAAGGAGGUGAGUGCUCUGGAGUGUGAGAUCCAGUUGUUAAAGAACCUCCACCACGAACGCAUCGUCCAGUACUACGGCUCUCUGAGGGACCACAACGAAAAGACCCUCACCAUCUUCAUGGAGUACAUGCCGGGGGGUUCAGUCAAAGACCAGUUGAAGGCCUACGGGGCGCUGACGGAAAACGUGACGCGGAAGUACACACGGCAGAUCCUGGAGGGCAUGUCCUAUCUGCACAGCAACAUGAUCGUUCACCGUGACAUCAAAGGUGCCAACAUCCUGCGGGAUUCGGCGGGAAACGUGAAGCUGGGAGAUUUUGGCGCCAGCAAGAGGCUGCAGACCAUCUGCAUGUCUGGCACGGGCAUCCGCUCGGUCACUGGCACCCCCUACUGGAUGAGCCCCGAGGUGAUCAGCGGAGAGGGCUACGGCAGGAAGGCUGACGUCUGGAGCCUGGGCUGCACAGUGGUGGAGAUGCUGACAGAGAAGCCUCCCUGGGCCGAAUACGAGGCCAUGGCAGCCAUCUUUAAGAUCGCCACCCAGCCCACCAAACCCCUGCUGCCCUCACACACCUCGGACCACACCCGUGACUUCAUCCACCGCAUCUUUGUGGAGGCCAAGCACCGGCCCAGUGCUGAGGAGCUGCUCAGACACCCCUUCUCCCAGAUCCUCUGCUGAGGGGAAGAACUAGUACACUCUCUCUGUCUCAACCGCUCCUCGGGACUCAAGGCCUACAGCUGACAUCUAGACUCUAGACUUGGAAUUUGGAACUUGGUCCUUUCCAUCCUACAGCUCUCUCCCCAAACCAGACUCACCACCACACUCAUUCCUUAACCCACAAAUACACAUGAUCCAUUAUGAUGGAUAAUAGCACAGUGCCAUUAUUCCAAGCUGUUCACGACAAUUAUCAAAUUCA